AAGCAAUGGGCAAAAAGAAACUGCAAUGCAAAUGUAUGACGUGUUUGGUUAGUAGAUGAGACUGAAACAUAAACAAAAACACUUUCGAAGCGUUGUUAAGUGUCAGGUGUAAAUUGGUUUCGUUUCGUAAUGACCAGCAGAUGAUAGAUCAACAUGUCUGUCAGCAGGUGACGACUUUGGUGGAAGAAAGAAUAUUUGAGUGUUUUUAUUAAGAAACAAGAAAUGUCACCGUAUUGAGCUAAUUGUACAUGAGAAAUCUGUAAUCUGGACGCUAUGGCAGAGAGAUUUCCAUUUCCACAACAGAAUUUCCAGCAACAUAUGCCAAUGCCCGUUCAUAAUCCAGGAGGCAAUAUUUUACACUACCCGACAGCACCGCUGUGGCAGCAGCAGCAUCAUCAUCAUCCUCAACAACAACAACAACAACAACAACAUCAACAACAACAACAACAGCAACUUUUGGAAGACCAAAAGCAUAGGGAAUACCUUAAACAACAGCAGAAACUGAGGCUUAUUAGUUCUUCAGCCAACAAGGCUGUAAGUGCUGACAAACUCAUUGAAAAUCUGUUGGAAAAGAAAGAAACAUUCCAGCUGAAGUCAAAUACAAGUGCCAGUGCUUCUCAUGUUCAGGUGCCAGUACUUCCAGCUGGUGUUGCUGGUACAUCAUUUCUGCCAGCAAAUUAUGUAGCUGGAGCAUCAACAACACACAAUGUGUCUGCGGUAUCACAGCCAGUCCAUGACAGACAGAAGCUUCCCACUUGGUUGACAGCGUGUUCAAACAGCCUGCCUCCUAUCUACAGCCAUGUGUGGUCACUUGUUUUGGGACCAAAUGGCCUGGCAGAUACUGGUCGACUGUUCCCAGUUCUUAUAACCAGUGGUUUAACUGCUGAUGUUUUGGGCCAUAUCUGGAGUUUAGCUAAUAAAGAGGUACCUGGACAACUCACAGAACUUGAGCUGUACACUGUACUUGCUCUGAUUGCUCUUGCACAGAAUGGGUGCCCGUUCAGCAGUCUUGGUGUAUUGAAUCUCAUACCUCAGGCACCUGUUCCUAACCUGAAUGUUGGUGUUGUGCGCCAAGCAACGGUUGCAGUGGAUUUGCAGUUACCUGGUUCCCAUAGCAAAAUGAAAAGAGAAGAACUGAAUUUGAAAUUAAAUUCUGAGCAUGAUAAUUCAUCGCCAGGCUGUAUUGCAAAGGAGACAAAAACUGGAAAUGAAGACUCUGUUGAUGACUUCACUGAUUUCCAGAGUUUUACUGUGGGAACAUCUGUAACUGAAAGAGUUGUUAAUCCUGAUGCAAACAACUCAGAUAAGUUGAGAUAUAAUUCACCUCCCAGUGACAGUUCAGUCCAGAAGAACCAUAGCCUUAAUACAGAAAGCAUAACUCACAAAUGUCCAAAUGUGAUCAUAGUUGGAAAUACAAGUCAUUCACGAGGUAUUGGUAGCAGACUUGCCAAUCAUUCUCUUGGCACUCCAAAACAAAGCAAAAUGCGACAUAAACAUCACCAUCACCACCACCAUCAUAGUCACAAAAGCAACCAGCUUCCCAUAAAUUCUGUGUCUCCAGCAGCAGAAGAUGAAUUUACUGAUUUCCAACAGGCUGAAACUUCUCUGGCAGAAAAUAAUGUGGAGAAUAUGUCUUCAGGCACUACUUCAACCACUUCUCCGAGUGGUACAUAUGUGCUGAAAGAAAGUGCUAUAAGAGCAGGCAAAAAAUUAACUUCUGUGAUUAGCAGACUGGAAAGUUCAAAUGAAGUACUAAAAGACAGAUCAAACGAGCUUGUUACCUCUGCUUCAGGUACUAAUACUAUAUCACCAAAUUACAGUGUUGUUAACACCCACCAUACAAAACAAGAUUUGGAGAAGCCAGUAGUUCAUCAAAAUAUGCAACACGAGGAACAUUCUGUUAAGGAUAUAGCUAAAAGAGUUAAUAAUGUGAGUGAACUGAUGGCAGUUGAAGAAGAUAAAUACAGUGCACUCCGAGAACUAUCAACAGUAGAAAGAGAGUCACCACUUUUAAAUAACACUGGCAGUCUGGACUUGGCUGAUGAUUUUGGAGACUUUGUUACAGCAGAAGUGUCAAGUGAUGACCCUUUUGCUGCUAUUUCUUCAAGAGAUAGUAGUGGAGUAAACAGAGUACCACUUACUCCUCCAUCUGUAUUUAAUGCUUCUCAGACUGCAGAGUUUCCAGUGGAUUGGACAGCUUUUCACAGUUCAGAUCACACAGUUCCUAAAGCUGCUUCUGCUGUUCAAAGUAAAUCUGCUAGUGGUGCUAUGGAUAACAUUUUUAAUUCUCUGCAUACUGCACCAUGCAGUACAGAGGAAUUGCACCUUGUGGAUACUCCAGUUUCAGUGAAGUGUUCAAGCUCUGGCCUCAGUGAAAUAGAUAUUUUUUCACCACUUAAAAACUUAAGUUUAAAUACCAAUUGCAGUGCUGCAGAAGAGAAAGUGUUAAGUGUGAGCAGUGAUCUCAAGAUCGAUGGAAAACAGUGCGAUACUAAUGACAAAUCAUUUCCUGAUUGCUUCCAGCUGGGCAAUAACUUCAACAUUAUCAAAAGCAAAGACAGUCCAUCAAAGGUAGCAUCGCUGUCUGUGUUUGAUGAACCUACCAGAACAGAUAUUUUGUGCAGUGAAGCAGUAGAAGAUGAAUUUGGCGACUUUGUUGGUACUGAUGUUCGUUCUGGAGAGCUAAGCAGUUGUGUGAGCAAAGAAUUCCCUUCUGACAAUCAGCCAUCUGCAGUAACCAAGGAUAUUUUAUACGACACACAUUCUGUAAGCAGCUUGGAAUUUCCUACUUUCUCUCUUAGUAGACAUGGAUCACUACCAAGCUUGGACCUUAAAGUAUAUCCCUCAGGAUCUGAGCAACCUGGUGCUUCUCAUUCACAAAAUGUGUCACCACAGGCAGUGGAACACGAAGUCACUGAAUGGUGUCGAUGUGUACAGAGCUGUCUGAGUCUUCUCCAGGCAGCCCUAAAUUUAUUUUCUUCAGUCACAUCUGAAGAAGUGUUAGAAGAAGUGCUACACAUUGGUGAAGGGAAAGAUUAUCUAAACAAUCUGUUGGAGGUAUAUGGUGUCUGUCAGAGGGUGAAGCAUGCCUUUAAACUUACAUCUGCUGAAUCAAAGAAGCUGGAAUCUCUGUUUUGUGAAGUUGACCAAGUUUGGGAUGGUCUUCAUGUAUAUUAUUACAAGGCUGAUAUCUCGGUCCAUCGGGAACUGCCAUCUUUAGAUUUCGCUGAUAAUCCUGUUUGUGGUAUAUGUCUCACAGCCAUGGAGGGAGGGAGUGGCAAUACAAGUGCUCUUGAAUAUGGAGGUUUGUAGCAAAAGAAGACAUGCUUUUUCCACAUCAUUUUGAAAAUAAAAGCAUCAUUUUGAAAGUACGAGGAAGAAAUAAACCCAGGAAAACCUACACAAGAAAAUUAGUUUGAACUUUGUGGAUUUUUUUUUUAUGAUUUAUAGAUUUUCUUGACAUUUUUGGUAGAAAGUGUUAUAAUAAUGUUGAAAAGGGGUCUACUUUCUUGCAAGAAUGCAUUGUGUUCUCUCCCAGAUAUGUUUCACCAUGUGUUCAGUUGGUUUUCCUAUCAUUGCUUCUAUGAGAUAUAUGUCAAAAAUGUUAUGUGGAUUAAGAGUAUGAAAAUGUUGACUGCAGAGUUGCAGAGUUUCUCAGAUAUUUAGAUUAUACGUGUAUGUCAGUUGGACUUUUUUCAACCAGUAUUUAAGUGACCUUCAUAAUUAUCUUCUUUAGACAUCCACUUUUAAGAAAGCUUAGCUGUUGUAUGAGACGGUUGAUGUUUGUAAGCAGACUUAUAUACUAUAGUGUUAUUUUGAAGGACAAGGAGCACAAAGUAGGCACACUCAGUGUACUUACUGGAUAAGCAUUGGAAUUAAGAAAUUUAGUGUUUUGUAAAAGAGCAAAUAAAUGAACAAAGUGACAUACCAAUUGUGGCAGUUUUUGUUCAUAUGGUUCACUACUUCGCUGACAAUGCAAGAUGUAAUCUACCUUUCAUUGCCAAUUAGUUCUCCUUUAACCUGUGUGUAACACAGUGCCUAAUUUCUUUAAACGAGAAUGCAUGAACACUUUCCUGCAACUUAAUGCUUCUCACCAGUCUUAUCUGCCUUCACUCUGAGUUAGGGCUAUCACAUCCUCUUUAAUUUCUUCAUUGUUUGACAGAAUAUAGUCAAUUUUACUUUGGUUCCAUUCAAUUCUUUCCAAGUCCUGUAUCUAUAGUUUCUUUUUCUGGGAGAAUUUUGUAUUUAGUAAUUUUCAGAACCAGUAGCUUUUGCUGGAAGAAGAGAAAGGAAAGAGAGGAAAACACACUGGUAAGGCUUAAGGGUACUGGAAGGAUCACUCAUGACUCUUAAGUCAAGAGAGAUUUAUCAAAUCAAAUAUGCAUGUUUUAGUGUCUGAUAAAUUCUAUACCAUGAUUAAUUGCUUUUCAAAAGAACUAUGCAUAUACAAAACAUGUAUGCACAUUCUGUGACCAGUUUUAGAAGCUGCUCUGGGAAAGCUGUAAAAAAAUUGGCUUGUGUAUUUCUCAGUAAGUGUGCUGCCUCAUUUUAAGUUAUUUUGUAAAGCUUUGUGUAAGGCUCUAUCUCUGUUGCUUAUAUCUUAUGAUGAUAUUUCUUUUCAGAAAUUUCUUUUCCAUUAAUUUCGUAUCGUGGUCUUUUAUUCUGUAAUUAUUAUUUACUGUGUUGAGGAUACCAAUGUGAAUCAGACUCCUUAAUUUUAAUUACAUUUGAAAAUAUUCUUGCAAAUGGAUAGUACUUUUAUGUUAAAAGGAUAAUGCUUUCAUGUCACAUCAUGUGAACAGGUUAAAUUGCUCUUUAUUCAUUUUUGCACAUGUAACUAUCUGCUUUCAUUGGCUUAUAGCCUUUUUUAUAUUUUUCUCAAGUGCUAGAUGUGUGCCAAGUGUGAUAAUACAGCCCCUUGCAGUAGCUCCUAUGUCAUAUGUGUUGAAUAGUGGGGAAGAUAUAAACUAUUGUCUAAUUUAUUUUCAAGGUAUAUUACAUUGCACAGCACAGUUUUAAUGAACUCUAUUUUUUUUCUGAAGGACUGUGGACCAAAAUAAACUCUCUCAUAAUGACACAGCAGUCAAUGAGUAGAUGACAGCUAACAGAAUUAAAUGUUUUCUACACUCCACAAUAUAGAAAUUUUCUCAUACUGAAUUGUAUCUAUAGAAUACUGUCAUACAUGGUCUUUUUCUUGGAAAUACUUUAGUAAGCUUGUAAGAACUUCUGAGAACUUGUGUUUAAGGCUUCUAUUCACCAGUUACCUGUUUUUUUAUGACCAUAAAACAAUUUGGUAUUAUUAUUAUUAUUAUUAUAUUUAUUUUAAAUUACACUGAGCGAAAUGUGAUGUCUUCAUUACUCCUUUUUUCAUAGUGCUUGUAAGGUCUAGUACCUUCAUGAUGUACAUGGACUGAGUGCUUUUUGCAACUGUUGUAUAACUUACAUUACAAUAUAUUUAUAUACAUAAAUGGUAAAUGAUUGUUUUAAACAACUGGAAAGAGUAAGUACAUCACUGUUGGUGAUUACUGAGUAUUCAUGUGAUUAUGUUCACAGAAGAAAACUUUUGAAAGAAAAUACUGUGUCAACAAUGCUGAAAUAACAAUGUGUAAUUUUACAGGAUGAAAACUUGUAUUGUCACACACAGAUAAUUGAAAAAUAAGAGUCAUGUUUCAUCUUAACAUGGCCUUCACCAAUAUUACCUAAGGCAUGUUGUGCUAGGGAUGCUUGCAAGUGCAGGGUCUUAUUUGUGGCACUAAUGGUGAAACUGAUUGUUUUAUUCACAGAAAAACAGUUAACAUGAGGGUAAUGGGCAACAAGUAUAAGGAGAGAAAUCCCCAAUGUACAUUUUGCAUGCUGUGCUAGUCAUCCACAUGGUUGCAUAAAAUUUUCUUAAUAGUAAACACUACAUCCAGUAACAAUCUUAUGUAAGGAGGCAGAAAGUGUUAAUUGUGGCAUGUGUAGAAAUUUUUGGAAGUAUUUAUUAUGUGCACUCUCUUUCUUCACAAUUUUUUUAGUAUUUAGGGGGAGGUGGAGGGGACAUUUGUAGUGGGUGUAGCAAGAUUCACCAGGUUUGUUAUGGCUGAAAGAAAUGAAAGUGUGGGAUGUACCUAUUUCACUAAGCAACUAGAACAAAGGAAACUGAACUUGUAUUGUAUAAAUAACAGCAACAUAAAUGAAACUGAUAUGCUGUUGUAACAUGUUUGUGUGUCAGUGUAGUUGAAGCUGACAGUGCUUUUCAUAGAUAAUGUCUGGAAUUAUUUGCACACACUAUACAGCAUGCUUAUGUGGAUAACAUUUGACACCACUAUUGCUUUGACCAAGGAGUUCAGAUAUUGGCAGAGAUAUUACUUGUGUGAACUCUUCUGAUUUUUGCCAGUCCAUAAGUUGGGAGCUCAGAUACAAGUAUAUCUGUGGUGUCAUUAAAAAGUAAUUAUUUUUAUUGAUGACAAACAAUGGAAAUUUCUGGAUGGAGCAAUAUGUGAAAUAAGGGAAAGGCAACCAUUCGCCAACAGUGGAUGGUUGCUUGGAACACAGAAACACAUAACAGAAAACAGCCCUCACACUAGCUUUCAAGCACUAGCUCUUUUUCUAGCUGAAGUACAGACAAUCACACCAGAUGCCCGUGGCUACAGGAGUAUACAUUUGGGUGUCUGUGUGGUUAUGUGUGUCUUUGAAUGUGAAUUUGUACCAGUGCUAUUAUUUGUGAAAAAAGCUAUAUAUCACACUAGGAAAUACUUGUGUAGCCAUGCAGAUUUAGGGUGUAUGUGGCUAAGUCAGACUCUUUGAAACCUAAUCUCCUUAAAAAGAAAGUGUGAUAGAAACAAUAUUCUGAAAACUUAUUUGAACAAAGCAUAAGCCUGAGGACAAGCAGUCAAGCCCAUUUUGAAUAACUGCUUUUGAGCCCAAGCACUUUGUAAGUUAUAAUGACUCUUGCUACAAUAGACUAUUGUGCCAAAACUCAGUAAGUCUGCAAUGCUCUCACAUUGCUGCAAUUAUAUUUUCUGUUGCUGUAGUUUGAAAUACCAAGCAUUUUGUUCUGGUUGUUGAAUGAAGAGCACUCAUUUCCACUAGUUUUCUAAAUACAGUUUUUUUAUAGGUUUAGUACUGAAUCUCAAGUGGUUCAUCCAUUGAUAAGUAGUGAAAAUUGAGAAGUUACCUUUCACGUGCAUAUACAAACAUGUCUGGUGAUAAAUGCCCAUCUAGAUACUUGAGAUGUGUAUACUGCGCGAGUUGCUUAUAAGUAUUUUUCAUGACCGUCCACUGUCCGAGAUGGAAGUACUUCUGGCGCUUUUCAGUACUGAGAGCCAAUUAUACUUCCGUUUCGUAAGUAUUUAUUAUAAAGUAGUUACAGUUUCAUCGUUAAGCAAUAACAGUCCAUUGAAUAUUAGAACGUUAAAAUUUAGUACACAUUUACUUUCCUUGUUGGGCAGUAUUUUAAAUAUAUAAAUCAUAAUGGCUGUUACUUGCAGCUGCUUACAGCAAGAAUGAAUGCAAAUAACUAUUUUAUCAUACAUACAUUUAGUAAAAGUAGCUGAUAGUAUUUCUUGUAAUUUUCUUUUUACAACAGACACUGGAAACUGUGGUAAUGUGAUGGUGCGUUUCUAAUUCUGAUUCUUUUUUCAUUGUGAAGAAUCUCAGAAACAAACAAAAAUUUGUAGAAAAUUGUACUUUUCAUGUUAAUAAAUAUUUUUUCAUGGUCAUCUUGAACAAUUUAGAAUCAGACGUUGAACAAAAAAAUUUAAAAUAACAAACCCAGUGUUAUUAUUUCAAUGAGAUAAUUGUAUCUUUCUGCCAUAGAAUAAUACUUAACUGAGAAGAGUAGUUUAGUGUUUUAAACAGUGGAAAAUCCAGGAUGGAAUAAUGACAGUAUUUUGAAAAGAAAAUAUUGCCACUCACGAUAUGGAGGAGAGGUUGAGUUGCAAAUACAACAAAAAGACAGCCAUACAUCAUGUUAAGCUUUCAACCAAAAGGCCUUUUCUAAAGUAGACAAAACACACACACACACACACACACACACACACACUGAUGUAUGCAAGCACAACUCACACACAUUCUCAUUGUCUCUGGCUGCUGAGGCCAGCCAGUGACAAUGGUCUCAUGUGUGAGUUGUGCUUUUGUGAAUGUGUGUGUGUUGUAUACUUCAGAAAAAGACUUUUUGGUUGAAAGCUCAAAAUAUAUGGUAGUCUUUUUGUUGCAUCUACGACUCAACCUCUCCUCCAUAUGGUAAGUAGCAUUCUUCCCUUUUCGUAAUACUGGAGUUCAAUAUUUUAGUUAUGGAUGAGUUUUAACAAUGUUUGUAAAAUUUUAUGUUGAUUUGAACCAAACAAAAUUACUGACAAUUGAUUUAUAAAACAAUUAUUUAUAGUAACUGGUUUGUUGAUUAUAUGUGAAACAUGAAAUGUGUUGAAAUUAAAAUGCUGUUAUUUGUUGG